CAGUUAACACACGUUGUGAAUCGGAAUCACUGAUUUGAAACAAAAGAUUCAUUCAGCACUAGUUUCGAGUACGAUCAGGAACGACACAGACGACAGAGAGGAUUAAUAUAAACCACCGAUUAUAGGUUUAUUAAAAUACGGUUUGCAGAAAUCGACAGCCAUAUGGAGAAUGUUUCCUUGUUCGUUGUGUUUUUGUUCUUGAACGGUGUGUUUGCUGAUACAGAGUCCGUGUCAGUGAUGGAGGGAGAUUCUGUCACUCUACACACCAGUCUUACUGAAGUAGAGAAAGGACAUGUGAUAGACUGGAGGUUUGGACCAAGCAACAUUCUCAUCGCUAGAGUCAACAGUGUAGCUAAUACAGCAAAUGUGUAUACUGAUGUUAUUGGGGAGAGUUUCAGAGGCAGACUGCACAUAAACCAGCAGAUUGGAGAUCUCAACAUCACAAACAUAAGAAAUGAACAUUCUGGGCUUUACAAAUUAAGCAUCCAUGGCAAAAACAUAGACAUGUUAUACAAUGUCAGUGUGGUAUCUGAUAAAAGAGACGGUCUUGAGAUUGUGCAAGUCAUGAAGGGAGAUUAUGUCAUUCUACACACCGAUGCUGCUGAAAUACACAAAUAUCAUCUGAUACAGUGGAUGUUUGGAAACACUGUGAUAUGUUCAUUUAACAAAACGUACCAAGUUCCGCCAAUCUUAAACAAAGUAGAGGUGGAUCGUGACACUGGAUCCCUCAAAAUCAAGAGCAUUAGAACGGAACAGUGUGGGACUUAUAACCUACAGAUGAUCAGCAGCACUCACACCAUACAGAAGAGAUUCAAUAUUACUAUUUUUGAUGAGGUGAAGCCCAUAUCAGCGAUGGAGGGAGAUUCAGUCACUCUAAACUCUGAUACUAAAAUAUAUGAUGAGAUACAGUUCGAAUAUGAUGACUCUAUCAUAGCGGAAAUCAAGAGAGCUUCCCAAAACUUCUCCACAUUUGAUGUUCCUGAUGGGAGAUUCAGAGACAGACUUGAGCUGGACAAUCAAACUGGAUCUCUGAUCAUCACAGACAUCAACACUCAACACACUGGAGUCUAUCAUCUACACAUCUUCAACAGCAGACACACUGUACACAAGAGUUUCGUUGUUAAUAUCUGCAGUAAGUAG